AAUAGCUAUAAUCUCUUUUACAAGCAACCAUCUUCUUCCAACCAUAAAGCCGACGGAAGGCCGUAUCUCGGUGUCUACAUGCGCUCCUUCCAUGGCACAAGAAGCCUCGGAAACCUCGGUGGCUAGCUCGUCGGUUUCAGCCAACAGCCGGUGGGAGAUCCAUGACGACUUCCCCUCCACUUGGAGCGCCAUCAACCAGUGGCCUCAGUCGAGCCACCGCUCCAUUUCAUCAUCAUGCGAUGAGGGCCUCUGCAUCUCCAACAGCAGUUCAUUCACCAACACCUAUCUCUCAGGAGAGCGAGUGGAGAACCAGCUAUGGAACCAAGUCCUGUUAAAUGUUGGGAGCGGCGGAGACAUGCACAACCACCACGGCGACGGAGACAACUUCCUCCAAACGCUGACCUCUAAGGGUCCAUCGAGGAGGAAUCAGAUGUCCAACCCUGCUUGUGAUUACCCGAAGAAGUUGGACACUAGUUUCGACUUCCCAAAUCCUCUCUCACUGAACACAUUCGAGAAACACUUGAGCAGCUACAACGGAAGCACAAACCAAGAUGAAAGAACCCCUCAGCUCGAUCAACAUAUUGCGCCAUCACCAUGGAGUUCUCCCAUGGCACCUUUUAUGGUCCAGUAUUCUACUUCGAGGAUCACUCCUGUCAAGCAUGAACUUCCUACAUCACCAUCAUAUCCCGGUAAUAAAUCGGUAAGAGAAAGAAGUACAAGUUAUAAACCGCCCUACGGCCGUAAUAUUGAAGGAGAGAGCGAUCAUCGAGACAUGGAAGCUCCCACAGCUUUUCCACCUCCACCCAGUAAUAAUGGCUUUGGAUACCAGUUUGGUGUUAGCAGUUUGUCGGACCUUAUCUCUUUUGGUGAUUGCGUAAACAGGCCAUCAACGGAAUUACGACCCUCACGGUCCUACAUGAGAGGUUCGGAUUCAUCUUAUGGCAGGAUACAAGGACAUGAUGGUUCAUCUAGUAGAGAACAUGGGAAAAGUACUGGGACAACCGAAGGAAAAAAGAAGAGAUCUGAUGAGAAUUCACAGACACAAUUAAAGAAGUCCAAGCAUGAGAACUCCACAGUUUCGUCUCUUCAGGCACCCAAGGUCAAGAUGACAGAUAAAAUCACUUCACUGCAGCAACUUGUGUCGCCUUUUGGAAAGACCGACACUGCAUCGGUGCUAUUUGAAACGUUUAACUGUAUCUUGGUCUUGCAAAAGCAAGUACAGUUGCUCAGUAACUCGUACAUGAAGUCAAGUAGAAUCAAGGAUCACAGUUCCUGGGGAGAGAUGAGCAAGAAGGAGAAAGCAGAGGCAGAGGCUGAUCUGAGGAGUAAAGGGCUCUGCUUGGUUCCUGUUUCUUGCGUUCCGCAAGUCCACCAACAAAGUCGCGGACCCGACUACUGGAUGCAUGCUUUUCGAAGCCCUCCAUUCCGAUGA